AUGACCGAAGAAAAUAUGUCUAAUCAUGCGGAUCUAUGUCGACAAAAACGGAUAUUUUUCCGAGUAUAUCCAAGUGAAUUCGUUGACUCUGAAUACAUUAAAUUAGACAUACCAAAUAAUAAAAUAUACAUAAGACAUCUAGAAGAAUUGAGCACAAAAUACAAGAGCAAAAAGUUAAAUUACUGGGAGUUUUGCAACGAUGGAAUAUUCAUGGACGCUACUCAGGAGACAAUUUAUAAUAAAGUGAAAGAAGGAGUUUUGGAGAAUGUAAUAAAUGGACAUCACAAUGCGGUAAUUAUGGCUUUUGGACAAACCGGAUCUGGUAAGACGUUCACUAUCAGCGGGCUACUUAAAACUGAAGAGGAAUAUGGAAUACUGCCAAGAAUCACUCGAGAUUUGUUCAAUCUAAAAAACAACGAACCUGAAAACGUAAAAGUUUGCCUGCAAAUAUCUUAUGUCGAGUUUUAUAAUACUUAUGCAAUAGAUCUUUUGGAAGAUCCUCCAUAUAAGAUGGAUAAUCCUAAAUGUAGCAAUGCGCGAAAAAUCUCAGUUGACAGUGAAAUAGAGGCUUCAAAAUGCUUAUUCCUGGGCAAGUAUUAG